UUAUUUCACAGGUGUCUGCAGCACCGCAGCACAGUUCAUUAGUACAUUAUGAACGAGUUGUUGGCAAUAAUGUGUAUGCUGUCGUGCAGUUCUGUCGUCGGUUUCCAAAUCAUCCACCCGAUGGCCAACAAGCGAUCAAAUCAGCUGGAACUACCUGUAUCGAUUUUAAAUGAGACAACUCAACGGAUCGUGGGAGGACACGAGAUUGACAUUGGUGCUGCCCCGUUCCAGGCUUCGGUGCAGUCGCACGGUGUGCAUGUGUGCGGUGGCUCCAUCAUCCAUCAGCAAUGGGUUUUAACUGCAGGACACUGUGCAAGUUCAUCGAAAGAGCCCAACAGUUUGAGUGUAAGAGUCGCUACCAUUCACCACAACCAGGGAGGCCAGAUUGUCAACGUUGAAGAAUCUAUCAGACAUCCUCUCUACGAUGAGCAGCUCAUAAUCGAUUAUGAUGUUUCGCUUUUAAGCCUGGAACAGUGUUUGACAUUUUCACCCAACGUACAAGCCAUCCGGCUUCCCAUGCAGGACGAGUUUUUCCAGGAUGGAACUGUGUGUGUGGUCAGUCGAUGGGGUGCUACACAAAACCCGGUCGAAUCAAGUGACCGGCUCAGAGCGACGGAUGUACCGCUGGUUAACCAUGCGGUUUGCCAGACGGCUUACAUCUCGGCGGCAGCCACUAUUACCGACCGAAUGAUCUGCGCUGGCUAUUUCAGUGGGGGACGGGACGUUUGUCAAGGUGAUUCCGGAGGCCCUCUCUAUUACGAAAACACAUUGAUUGGCGUUGUCUCGUGGCGAACAGGCGACUGUGCGGAGGUCAACUUUCCAGGUGUGUACAGUAGAGUCGCUUCGGUACGUGCAUGGAUAUAUGAAGUAAGCGAUGUGUAGUUUUCUAGCGUGUGCACUCGUUCCCUAACCCGUUCCCUCUGGUAAGAGAAUUUUGGAUUUGUAUAUUGUUUAAGCAAUUCAAUUUUCUUUACAAUUUCUAUACAAUACAUGUUUUUUAUGUCGUUGUUGCUAUUCAUUUGUUCUGCUUUCUUUAUGCUUAUUUGCGUCUUUGCACACUUAUGCAAAACCUUUUUUCCACACUGUGGCCCAUGCGUACCCAUUUGCUACUGCUGCUGCUAGGCUCUCCGAUAUGUCUACGAUGCGUGUAUAUGGCGUUUUUGGAUUCAACCCACACAACAGACUGAUUUUUAGCGCUCAGAUGAAGUCACCACAUCAUCAUUCGGCCAAGGAAGAUGCUUCAACUUGCCUAUUUUGAAUACAUUUCGAUUGCAUGUGGGUGCACUGCCAUUAAUCGUCACUUUACCGUCACGAAAUUGUUUUGUUUUCGGAAAACAACAGUGAUAUUUUUGGGUGAAGGUUAUCUUCUCAAGGUCACUGUGGACGACGGUAAAUAAGAACGCUCGUACAACACACACUUUGGCCAAUAUAAAUAAUAAAUACUACCAUUUUGCAACAAGCGAACAACACAUAU